AUGGCAAACCCGGACCUUCAACCCAGACUCCAGACCCCGGACCCCAGACACAGGACCCAUGAUUCUAAACCCAGACCCCAGAUCCGGGACUCAAGCCCCAGGACUCUAAACCCAGACUUCCAGGACUGCAAACCCAAACCCCAGACCCAGGACCCAGGACAGGGGCUGACGGGUUUCCAGAUCCGCGUGGCCCUGUGUGGACAAGGCCAGUGGGAAGGGGCACCAGGGGGUCACACUCUUGGCAACAGCAGGGGUAACUGCUUGGCAGAUCUCCCUGGUAGCGUUCAGAAGGGCAUGAAGAAUGUCCAUCAUCCUGUCAGAGUCAAUUUGGGGAGCUCAGACUAUGGUUGCCACGUGGAGGGUGGGCAGAAGGAGGCUCCGCAGGCAGCCCUGGCCCGCCCUGGCCUGCCGGUCCCGCCCCUCCUGGCCCACAGCCUCUGGGCUGGGACGCAGGCCCACACUUCCCGGAGGAGUCGAGAACACGGCCUGGGCCAGACCCAGAGCCUUAGAAGACUGACGCUUAGGGCUGUGGUGUCCUGGCCGGCUGUGGCCACGGCCGCUAUAUUUGGGAGCCCAAUUCAGCAUGAGGGAGGGAAUGGCCUACGUGUCCCGCGAUACCCCUUGGAGCAGUGCACUUCAGAGCAGCUGGGGCAGGAGCACCGCCUGAGCCACAGAAGCUGCUCAGGGACUAUCCAUGGCCUCCCCGUGGCCAACUUGAGUCUGCUCUGCAGUUGUAGGCCCGACUUGGAAGGCCCGUGGGCUCCAGGCCUGAGCCACAGAAGCUGCUCAGGGACUAUCCAUGGCCUCCCCGUGGCCAACUUGAGUCUGCUCUGCAGUUGUAGGCCCGACUUGGAAGGCCCGUGGGCUCCAGCCCGGAUCGCACCCGGCCUGGCGCUCCUGCUCUGCUGCCCCGUGCUCAGCUCCGCGUACGCGCUGGUGGAUGCAGAUGACGUCAUGACUAAAGAAGAACAGAUCUUCCUGCUGCACCGUGCUCAGGCCCAGUGUGAAAAACGGCUCAAGGAGGUCCUGCAGAGGCCAGCCAACAUAAUGGAAUCAGACAAGGGAUGGACAUCUACAUCUACAUCAGGGAAGCCCAGGAAAGAUAAGCCAUCUGGGAAGCUCUACCCUGAGUCUGAGGAGGACAAGGAGGCACCCACUGGCAGCAGGUACCGAGGGCGCCCCUGCCUGCCUGAAUGGGACCACAUUCUGUGCUGGCCGCUGGGGGCACCAGGUGAGGUGGUGGCUGUGCCCUGUCCGGACUACAUUUAUGACUUCAAUCACAAAGGCCAUGCCUACCGACGCUGUGACCGCAAUGGCAGCUGGGAGCUGGUGCCUGGGCACAACAGGACGUGGGCCAACUACAGCGAGUGUGUCAAAUUUCUCACCAAUGAGACUCGUGAACGGGAGGUGUUUGACCGCCUGGGCAUGAUCUACACCGUGGGCUACUCCGUGUCCCUGGCGUCCCUCACAGUAGCUGUGCUCAUCCUGGCCUACUUUAGGCGGCUGCACUGCACGCGCAACUACAUCCACAUGCACCUGUUCCUGUCCUUCAUGCUGCGCGCUGUGAGCAUCUUCGUCAAGGACGCGGUGCUCUACUCUGGCGCCACGCUCGAUGAGGCUGAGCGCCUCACCGAGGAGGAGCUGCGCACCAUCGCCCAGGCGCCCCUGCCGCCUGCCACCGCCGCUGCCGGCUACGCGGGCUGCAGGGUGGCCGUGACCUUCUUCCUUUACUUCCUGGCCACCAACUACUACUGGAUUCUGGUGGAGGGGCUGUACCUGCACAGCCUCAUCUUCAUGGCCUUCUUCUCAGAGAAGAAGUACCUGUGGGGCUUCACAGUCUUCGGCUGGGGUCUGCCCGCUGUCUUCGUGGCUGUGUGGGUCAGUGUCAGAGCUACCCUGGCCAACACCGGGUGCUGGGACUUGAGCUCCGGGAACAAAAAGUGGAUCAUCCAGGUGCCCAUCCUGGCCUCCAUUGUGCUCAACUUCAUCCUCUUCAUCAAUAUCGUCCGGGUGCUCGCCACCAAGCUGCGGGAGACCAACGCUGGCCGGUGUGACACGCGGCAGCAGUACCGGAAGCUGCUCAAAUCCACGCUGGUGCUCAUGCCCCUCUUUGGCGUCCACUACAUCGUCUUCAUGGCCACACCAUACACCGAGGUCUCAGGGACGCUCUGGCAAGUCCAGAUGCACUAUGAGAUGCUCUUCAACUCCUUCCAGGGAUUUUUUGUCGCCAUCAUAUACUGUUUCUGCAAUGGCGAGGUACAAGCUGAGAUCAAGAAAUCUUGGAGCCGCUGGACACUGGCACUGGACUUCAAGCGCAAGGCACGCAGCGGGAGCAGCAGCUAUAGCUAUGGCCCCAUGGUGUCCCACACAAGUGUGACCAACGUCGGCCCCCGUGUGGGACUCGGCCUGCCCCUCAGCCCCCGCCUACUGCCCACUGCCACCACCAAUGGCCACCCUCAGCUGCCUGGCCAUGCCAAGCCAGGGGCCCCAGCCCUGGAGACCCUCGAGACCACACCACCUGCCGUGGCUGCUCCCAAGGACGAUGGGUUCCUCAACGGCUCCUGCUCGGGCCUGGACGAGGAGGCCUCUGGGCCUGAGCGGCCACCCGCCCUGCUACAGGAAGAGUGGGAGACAGUCAUGUGACCAGGCGCUGGGGGCUGGACCUGCUGACAUGGUAGAUGGACAGAUGGACCAAAGAUGGGUGGUUGAAUGGUUGCCCACUCAGAGCUGGGGCCAAGAGGAAAAACAGGGAAAAAAAGAAAAAAAAAAAAAAAAAAAAAGGAAAAGGAA